GUGUGUAUGACAUGGGCUCUGGCACACUGGCUGCAUGUCUAAUGAAACCACCUAGGCACAUUAAGUGUGUUUGGGCAGUUCACCUUAAGAAUGGUAGAUCUAGACAUCUCAGAGUGCCCCAAGUCCUCACAUCCUGAAGUCUGUUCUAAAACUCAUACUGUUUGGAUCACUGCAGGACUUCAGGAAUAAAGGAAGUGUGUCUUCACGAUGUGUACAAAAGUCAGAGAAAAACAGUGGUGGAAGUCCUCCCUCUCAGUAGUGGAAGUCCUCCUUCUCAGUCGAGAAGGAAAGCAGAUAACAAAGUCACCUUACUGUGAUAGACACAUUCCACAUAGAAACUGAAGCAUUAUUCAGAAUAGAGAAGAUGCAGCUACAGAAGUCAGAUCUCUGAAGGACUUCAGGAAUAAAGGAAGUGUGUCUUCAUGAUGUCUACAAUAGGCAGAGACAGGCAGUGGUGGAAGUCCUCCUCAGUAGUGGAAGUCCUCCUUCUCAGUUGAGAAGGAAAUCAGGAUCCUGAAGAGGAGGAUGAGCUAUUUCCUUAACAGAAGUAGAAGAAGAAAAAGGAUUGGAUGUCUGUGACUAACUCAAGGUUAAGAAGAUGAGCUGCCUUUCCCAUAUGUGGCUCUAGCACAAAUCUCUGAAGGACUUCAGAGCUAAAGCAACAGCAGGCUGACACAGGCAGUGGUGGAAGUCUUCCCUCUCAGUAGUGGAAGUCCUCCUUCUCAGUGGAGAAGAAAAGCAGUCAAGGAACCCCAGUGGAAAUGGAAUCAGAACUCCCUUUGUGCCUCAUUGAGAAUGUGGAAGGACAACUGAGAGCCAAUCAGAAGGCCCUGGAGAUCCUGUCGGCCAUCAACCAGCCUGUAGUGGUGGUGGCGAUCGUGGGCCUCUACCACACAGGCAAAUCCUACCUGAUGAACAACCUGGCUGGGAAGAGAACAGGCUUCUCCCUGGGCUCCACUGUGCAGUCUCACACCAAGGGGAUAUGGAUGUGGUGUGUGCCUCAUCCCCAGAAGCCAGACCACACCCUAGUUCUGCUUGACACCGAGGGUCUGGGAGAUGUGGAGAAAGGUGACAACCAGAAUGACUGCUGGAUCUUUGCCUUGGCUAUCCUUCUAAGUAGCACUUUUGUGUACAACAGUAUGGGAGUCAUCAACCAGCAGGCCAUGGACCAACUGCACUAUGUGACAGAGCUCACAGACAGGAUCCGAUCAAGAUCCUCACCUGACCAGGAUGAUGGGGUGGAAGACUCGGCUGAAUUUGUGAGCUUCUUCCCUGACUUUGUGUGGACUCUGAGGGAUGUGACCCUAAAACUAGAAGCAAAUGGACAAAGCCUCACAGCAGAUGAGUACUUGGAGAAUUCCCUGAAGCUCAAGAAAGGUGCCAGUGAGGAAGAUAAAAAGUACAACCUGCCACGACUCUGUAUUCGAAAGUUCUUCCCCAAGAAGAAAUGCUUUGUCUUCUAUCCGCCCACUGAGUGGAAGAAGCUCUCUGAGCUGGAGAGCCUGCAAGAGAAGGAGUUGGAUUCUGACUUUGUGAAACAGGCAGAAAAUUUCUGUUCCUUCAUCUUCAGCUCUUCUAAGGCUAAAACUCUGCCGGGAGGUAUCAAGGUCAAUGGAGCUCGACUGGGAAUUCUAGUGCCGACCUACAUGGAUGCCAUCAACAGUGGGACUGUGCCAUGUUUGGAGAAUGCAGUGACAACCCUGGCCCAGCAAACAAACUCAGCAGCUGUGAAGGAGGCAGCUGAGCACUACAGUGAGCAGAUGGUCCAGCAAGUGAGGCUCCCCACAGCCACACUCCAGGAGCUGCUCGAUGUGCAUGCAGCCUGUGAGAAGAAAGCCAUUGCUGUCUUCAUGGAGCACUCCUUCAAGGAUCACGAGCUGCAGUUUCAGAAGCAGCUUAUGGUCACCAUAGAAGAACAAAAGGAAGAUUUCUUGCGAAAGAAUGAAGCAGCCUCUCUCAGUCACUGCCAGGCUGAGCUGGACAAGCUCUCAGAGUCCUUGAGGGAGAGCAUCUUACAUGGAGCUUUCUCUGUUCCUGGAGGCCACAGUCUCUACUUAGAGGCCAGGAAGAAGGUUGAGCAGGACUAUGGGCGAGUGCCCAGGAAGGGAGUGAAGCCGAGAAGGCCAAGAAGGAGGUGGCUGAGAAGGAAGUGGAGCUAAGUAGACAGAAGCAAAAGGAGACUGAGGAAAAGAUGGAAGCUCUAAAGGCAAGCAUCUCAGAAGCCAUGGCCCAGAUGCAGGAGAAGAUAGAGAUGGAAAGGGAGAAUCUUCUGAGAGAUCAGGAAAG